AUGAACUCCAUUCUGUUGCUGGUGCUGGUACUCCAUUCCAUGCAUGCAACUGCUUUCCAGACCUCCAAAUGCCAAGAGCUGAGAGAGAGAUGUGAAGCUGCAGGAAAUGGAUGUGAAAGUGUCUGGGCUUUGCUUGAAGAAGUUUGUUGCAUUUCAGGCAACAACUACACAGUAAAAGAUUCAACCAACUGUAAUAAAACAGUCAAGUUCUUAGUUGACCAGUUCCCAGAAUUUAAAGAUUGCACCUGCACGAACAAUAACUGCAGCACGACGUUGCUUGGCAAGCAAUGUUUCAGGAAUAAAGGGAAAUCGAAGCUUUACUCGAGCACAGAUGUCCAGUUAGGAUUCCUGCCACAGACAAAAUUGCAAGAGACGGUGCACACAGGCAUGUUAGGAACCGACUGCGCAGUUGCAAAGGAAAUAUGCCGAGGAGAUGGCACCUGUUUCUUGCAGUACAAGAAAUUCCAGAGAAUGUGCAGAACCAAAGUAGCAAACUGUAGCCUCCGUAUGGUGGUACAGCAAUGCCUCGCAGCAUGGAAGGAGUUAAGGAGAACAGUCCUGGGGAGCUGCAUAUGCCCAGAACCACUGCAUAAAAGAUGUACUAAAAUAUGGAAGCAUAUAUUUAACAACACAUGUGUACAAUACACCCAGGAAUAUCAAGCCUCUGCCAUUCAGGAGGAAACCUAUACAGGCUUUGAUGCAGAUCACCUGAAAAUAAAAUCACAGUGGAAGACAUCGUCUCUUUCAAACUAUGAAUACAAACACCUGCGCUCCUGCUUCCAAGUCAAAGUGGACUGUGUCAAUGACGGAGUCUGUAACAGACAACUAUCUCGCUACCUUCAAGCCUGCCAAGCUAAUGCAACACAGUGCAACUGGAAUCGAUGCCAAUCCGCUCUGCGGUCCUUCUAUGAAAACAUGCCUUUGAACAUAGCCCUGGUGUUGACAUUUUGUGAUUGCAUACCGUCAGAUGAAAACUGCCACCAAGCCAAGGGAUUCCUUCAUGGCACACUGUGUGGAGUCAAUAUGGUCCCAGCUCCUUCAUGCCUCGGUGUAAUUGACACAUGCCAAAGAAAUGAGAUCUGCUGGGCCAAGUAUGAAGCAUUUACAUCUAAGUGUUUAAAACCCUUCGCCCGACAAUGCCUUGAAGAUAAAGCUUGUUUCGAAUCUUUGGAUGCAAAUGAUCUGAUGUGUUCUGACAGUGAUGAGUGCCGAGCUGCUUAUGUCGGAAUGUGGGGGUCUGUCCUUCGAGGAGUUGAAUGUACCUGUGACACAACGCCACUGGUUAAGCAGACUGCAUGCAAGUGGUUCCAUCAUAUCCUCCACAGCAAAUCAUGCUUCACUCAGAUAUCAGGUGGAAAAGCUGACCUUUACUCAUCACGUAUUGUUCUACCUGGAAAAAUACUUCCUGUAACUGGAGAACGGUCUUCAUUUUACACAGACACAAUCGUUAUAAUGAUAUACACCUCUUGCAUAAUCUUGGUGCUGGCGAUAAUCCUGCUGACUUUGUUAAAGACCAGAGCUUGCACAACUGUGUAUCAGGCCAAGACUGUUUCGCCAGCCCAUUUAUCCGAGAAGCUCAUGAUGCCUCGACAACUGUAGAUCACCAACUGCGUCGAUAAUGCUAUUUCAGGCUCUUCUCAUUAGCCAACCUGGUGCACAUAUGCCAUGAAAUUUCUCUUCAGAGAACACAUGGCCUGUAAUACUGCUGUUCCACUUCAGCAAACACUGGGCAACUUACUACAGGAGAGGACACCACUGGAGUUGUAAUUGCUUUAUUUGCCUCACUACUGUGUUGAUGUGUUAAAUUUAAGAUUGAGACAUAAGAUAUACUACAGGGUGACAUGUUUGGCCAUGGCAUGUUUCCAGCCCAGUGUUUGCCAUACCACUGUGUUGAAA